CAGAAAUAUUGAACCAAAACGGGAGUUGGGCCGAGCUUUUCCUAUUUUGCAUAUCCAUUGUAUUUGCGCGCAUUUGAUUGGUUCCCGAAAUCCACAAAUCACGGGUCUUAGACCCGUGAAAAAAUGGCGGCUAGACGAGAGAAGGGUUUUUAUCGUACGCUUAAUUCGAUCUCUUCCGUUGAUCUUUUUUGCGAUCGACCUUUGAAACGAAUUCAAGGUAAAGGUCGGCUUUGGGAAGUUGAUCGGCUUGUCUUAGAGCGCAAGACCACAGAAGGCAAGCAUGAAUACCUCGUUUUAUGGAAGGGCUUCUCUCCCUACGAUGCAACAUGGGAACCUGUCGAAAACAUGACGUCCGAGUGUGUCCGCUUGUUCUACUCCCCACCUAUGCCUGAUGGAGGUGUCCUUCAUUCCAAUGUCGCAGUCUUUCGAGCUGAGGUUGAAGUGCUUUUGAAAUCUAGGUCAAGGUUACCAGUAACCUUUUAUUUCAGGGGAGAUGUUUUUAGAUAUUUAUUUAAUUUUAAUGACUCCAAUUGGCAUUAUCUCGAAAGAGAUCAGUUCCCUGCCACAUAUUUUCUAAAGGGCUGGGAUCAGCUGGCUGACAUGCAUGGACAGGGGAUCAAAGUAUUUUAUCCCAUGAAGGUUAGAAGCUUUGUUAGCUUUACAACAAAGAAAUACUCCAGACAACCCCUGCCAGUUUUAUUACCUAGGGCUUUUCAAGAGAAAGUAACAGUUUCUUUCGUUAAAGUUGCACUUGGUGACAAAUAAAGUUAGUAGAGCCUUAA